UUUUCGUAGCAUUUGGGAGCACUGAAUAAAUGGAGGAAUAUUAUUAGUAUAUAUAGCUAUACUCAUCAUGUUUCCUAUUCCAAAGAAGUGUGCCAACAAUUAUUGAAUUCCUCCUCCUACUCCGUUAUUCGCAUUUCAGCUUCAGACUACAGAUAUGGAUGUUGCAGCGGCUGUAAAUUUGUAUCCAUCGCACCGCACUAAAAUUAUUCAUCUGGUGAGGCAUGCCCAAGGAUUCCAUAAUGUGGCAAUUGAUGAGAACUGGACGGCAGCUUUAUCUGAGGACUAUUUUGAUGCUCGACUUACUCCUUUAGGAUGGGAACAGACCGAUGCUCUGCGCAAACAUGUACGAUCAUCUGGAUUUUUUAAGACAAUUGAGUUAGUCAUCACAUCCCCCAUGUCAAGGACUAUUCAAACAGCUGUUGGAGCUUUCGGCGGUGAAGAGCACUCGGAUGAUCUAAAUGUUCCUCCAUUAAUGGUGGAAGAUGCCGGAGAUAGCAACCGUCCUGCAAUAUCGAGUUUGAACUGUCCGCCAUUUUUGGCAAUAGAGGAUUGUCGAGAAUCUAUUGGUAUUACUCCAUGUGACAGAAGGCGAAACAUUAGCGAGUAUCGACCUCUUUAUCCUGCCAUCGAUUUUUCAAUGAUUGAACAUGAUGAGGAUGUUUUGUGGAAGCCAGACGUCAGAGAAACCGAUGAUGAAAUGGCUGCCAGGGGACUGAAGUUUUUUAAAUGGUUGUUGACUCGAAAGGAGAAGGAGAUCGCGGUUGUCAGCCACAGUGGAAUCUUAUUUAAUUCAAUGCGUGAAUUUGGAAAUGAUUGCGAUGUAUUUAUACAGAGUGAAAUCCGCGAAUAUUUUGCCAAUGCGGAGCUUCGUUCCAUUGUUCUUAUUGAUAGGAGUAGGAUCGGAUCAGACUCCUCGAAUAAUUUCCCAGGAGGAAUACCGCGAGGACUUGAUCUUCCUGUCGACAUUGCAAUUAAGAAGAAUCCAGAGUUUCAGAAACGCCUGAAAAGCUUAGUUAAGUGAUAUCACCAAAGAGUUCUAAUUACCUUCUUGUUCCUUUCUUUGGGAGCUUUGUUGAAUUCUGAAAAAACUUUGUUGAAGUUAUUAUCUACCAAGACAGGUUGAGACUUUAGAUUUAGACUACAUCUGUAUGUUUGUAUCUUAAGAAUUGUGUUUGUCUGUAUCGUAUCUAUCAGUUGUACUGUAUGCUUGCUUUUCUAUUCUAUUCAGUAUAAUAAAAUGAAGAACAAUUUCUAUUCUGUAUAA